CCCAAAGAAAACAAAACGAGAGGAGUUUAGUUGCACGUGCAUUGUGCAUUAGAAAAUUGGGCAAAGUUAGAGGGAGCAAGCGAUGGCCACUCCGCUGCUGCUGCUCAUUCUUGUUCUCAUCCAUCAUCCUUCCCCACUUUUGCAUCUCGACCCGCAAGUACCAUGUCCUAUGGCGUCCCCCCACCUUUUGCCCGGCCAAAGGCAGCAACCAGAAUCAGCACUUCGUCCAUUCACGCCGUUACUGGGAACGCUGUCAUGGGCUUGGCUUCUGCACCAGACCUAAUUACACAACAACCCACAAGGAGGGCAAGCAUGACGACCUCUCCCGUCACCAAGACCUCCAUAACACACUCGGGGUUUAAUAGCCCAGUUCUAUCAGGGUCUUCUUCCAGUCUUCUCACUACCCCCACGACCUCAUCCCCCGUAACAGCCACGUCGGAAUCAUCCACAGCAUCCAAUUCGUCCAUAAACAGCGCGGCUACCCAGUUGCUCUCAAAAGUGUCCGAGGAGAUCAAACAGCGGCCCUGGAGGCCAUUACCCGACAAGCGACUGCAGAUUAAUGUGAAGCGAAUUGAGCUCAACGAGAUCCUGCAACGCCCAUACGUCAUUUUAACUCUUGGAGAUCAAGCAUUCCAAACUUCUACCUCCGAACACCAACACGGCGACUGGAACGAAGGAUUUGAGUUUCGGGUCACAUACCAUGCACAGCUCUUUGAUAGUCUCCAGCUGGAUUUGUAUGACAGGAGUAUUCUUCUGCGCGACAGACAUGUAGGGCGGGCAGAGAUCAAACUAUCGCAUCUAGAAGGCUUGCCAGAAUCAUUCACAAGCUUCUAUGAGAUCUGGGAUCGUACAAAAUCCGUCAGCACAAUGUCCAAUCUUGCAGGGAAAAAGACGCUGUCAUCCAAUAUCGGGGCCAUUCAGCUCCGUAUCCAUUAUCGGUACCAGAAACCACCACAGCUGGAAGAUAAUGCUGGACCCACUCUCUCUAUUGUCCCAGCGCCCAAGCUUUCAAGCGAGCUGGAGGACGACUCGAAUUUUUUGGCACAACUUUCAGAAGCAAUGAUGGAUGAUGCCUCUGACACGAGGUUCCAGAAGUAUGAGGACCCGGACAACAAGGAGAGCAAUGCUCAACAGACAGAGCUCAAGUUUGCCACGGUGGAGGAGGACGAUACUGUGGUCCAAUACCCAAUCCUGGAUAUGGUCGGAUCGUGGACUAUUGCUCCGGAAACACAAAAGGUCGUCAAGGCAGUCAUUCGCUUGGUGACUGCUUUCGGACAGGGAUUCGAGUUGACAAAUACACAGAUCUUGGCAGGCGUCGUAGUACUGGAGCGAUAUUAUCGCGACGUAACGAGUGAAAGGAUGGACACUGGACUAGCCACACUGGAGCAGGUCGAGCAUGCGGGAUACUUUUGGCGUUUUUCUAUGGCUUGCUACGGAUGGGCUGGCAUUAACUUUGUAGGCAAAGGAAACGGGAUCAUCAAAGACUUUAUCCGCUGGCGGUCUGAUCAUGCGUGCGCAAUUGAUUUCCUCCGUAUUCCAAAGGAGGAUCUGCUUGCAUACGAAUUCCACGCAUCCAAGGUGUUCCAUCCAAGCUACUAUGUCGCCCUUGAUCGGGCGACGAAUUCGAUUGUUUUGGCAAUUCGCGGCACGAUGAGUGCUUUUGAUACCCUGACCGAUUUGGUGUGCGAAUAUCAGCAGUGGAAGGGCGGUCUUGUCCAUGGCGGUAUGAAGACAUCAGCCGACUGGUUUAUGAAGAAUCUUGUCCCGCAGCUCGUCGCCUAUAUCUCCAAACACAAGGUGUCAGCCCUUAACAUUGUAGGCCAUAGCUUGGGUGGAGGUACGGCGUCGAUUUUGACCAUGAUGUUGUUGGAUCACCAGCACGAGUUCCAGUCCAUGAUGAAGGGGCAGUUCCGGAUCCAAUGCCAUGCCUUUGCACCAGCAUGCAGUGUCUCCAAGGAUCUGGCUGACCGGUAUCGGGACCACAUCCGAUGCUAUGUCUACGAGGACGAUAUUGUCAGUCGAUUGAGCUAUGGAAGCAUGAUGGAUGUCAAGACUAUGAUGCUGGGAGCAGUCGAAGCUGCAGCUCAUAUGGGCUUGACCAAGGUCUUUUUGACAGGUACAGAGGAGGACUGGAAACCGACCCUGCAGGCAGUGUCGGAAGUGAGGCAGCAGAUCAAGGCCUCGGCUAUUCAGCACCCAAAGCUUUACAUUGCAGGAGCGGUCUUCCAACUCUGGCGUCAUUUGGAGGAACAGAGUUGUGUAGAAAUGAAGCCUGCCUCGAACCGCCUUUGCGAGGAGGUCCUGAUCAAACCAGCAGCACUCUCGCAACAUUUGCUCGGUAUUCUCGACAAUGCAUUUCCCAAGGCCAGAGAAUCGAGCAUGAUGAUACCCUCUAACCGCGCGGCCUCGCCUACAAAGCUCGCUCAAGAGCCAGUUAUCCAACUCACUCACAAAAAGUCAUCCUAGAUUGUAAUAUAGAAUAUAGAAAUAAACAGCAGCAUUGUCAAGAUGAUCUCGACUUUUCAUUGUACGAUAUGAUACAGGGGUAGAAUAUGG